CUUGCUUUACCCAUCAGCUAAAUUAGCUUAAACCACUUAUAUUAUACAUGCAGAAAUUUCACAUGGAGCCAAAAGCAGAAACCAGAGCAGGUGAUGAUGAGAAAUGGGUUUCUGAUGCUUCUAUUGAUCAUAAAGGCAGAGUUCCUCUCCGAGCUCGCACCGGCGUCUGGAAAGCUUCUCUCUUUAUCAUCGCAAUUGAAUUUAGCGAAAGGCUGAUUUAUUUCGGAAUAGCAACAAGCUUAAUAAUAUACCUAACAAAGGUGAUGCAUCAAGACCUAAAAACGGCUGCAAAGAGUGUAAACUACUGGUCUGGAGUGACCACUUUGAUGCCUCUUCUUGGAGGGUUUGUUGCUGAUGCUUACUGGGGCCGAUUCUCCACAGUUUUUGCUUCUACCAUUAUCUAUCUUCUGGGUAUGAUUCUCUUAACAAUGUCCGAAGUUAUACCAAGUCUCAAGGCAUGUGGUGGUGAUAAGUGUCAAGAACCAAGGAAGAUUCAUGAAGUAACCUUCUUCCUAGCCAUAUACUUAAUCUCCAUAGGAACAGGAGGUCACAAACCUGCUUUAGAGAGUUUUGGAGCAGACCAAUUUGAUGAUAAUCAUACAGAAGAAAGAAAGAAAAAGAUGUCAUAUUUCAAUUGGUGGAGUUUUGGGCUUUGCUCAGGACUCUUAUUUGGUGUAACGCUCAUUGUUUACGUACAAGAAGAGAUGGGUUGGGGAGUUGCAGAUAUUAUUCUAACUGCAGUUAUGGCUUUUUCAUUAGUUAUUUUUAUUAUUGGAAGGCCAUUUUAUCGUUAUCGGGUUCCUACAGGUAGCCCCUUAACUCCAUUGUUGCAGGUUCUUGUUGCUGCUAUUAAGAAAAGAAGCUUGCCAAAUCCUUCAAAUCCUGAUGAGCUCUAUGAAGUACCCAAGUCGCAAAUGGAUCACCGAAGCAGACCUCUUUACCAUACCCAAAAACUCAAAUUUCUUGACAAAGCGGCUAUUCUAGAAAGCAAAGAAAAUGAAGCUGAGAAACAAAAUCCUUGGAGACUUGCAACAGUGACUAAAGUGGAGGAGAUGAAGCUUAUUAUCAACAUGAUCCCAAUAUGGCUAGCAACCUUACCAUUUGGAGUAUGUGUAGCACAAGCCUCAACAUUCUUUAUCAAGCAAAGCACAACAUUAGACAGAAAAAUUGGUAACAAUGGUUUCUUAAUCCCUCCAGCUUCGGUUUACUCACUAGCUGCAAUUGGCAUUUUAAUCUCGGUAACCUUUUUCGAGAAAAUCCUAGCACCAGUACUAAGAAGAGUGACCGGAAACGAGCGAGGCAUCAAUAUCCUUCAAAGAAUAGGAAUUGGAAUGGUUUUCUCAAUUUUGACAAUGGUAAUUGCAGCUUUGGUAGAAAAAAGAAGGCUAGGUAUUAUGGAGAAAGAUCCAUUAAAGGGUUCACUUUCAGUAAGUGUGUUUUGGUUGGCUCCACAACUUCUUAUUAUAGGGUUUGGGGAUGGAUUUACAUUAGUAGGCUUACAAGAGUAUUUCUACGACCAAGUUCCUGAUUCCAUGAGAAGUUUAGGCAUUGCAUUUUACCUUAGCGUGAUCGGAGCCGGGAGUUUUCUUAGCAAUCUUCUGAUAACAAUUACUGAUCAUGUGACUGAGAAAUAUGGAAAGAGUUGGUUUGGCAAGGAUUUGAAUAGUAGUCGUUUAGAUAAUUUUUAUUGGCUUUUAGCAGGAAUAAGUGCAGCAAAUUUAAUAGUUUAUAUAUGGUUGGCUCGAAGAUAUUCUUAUAAAAAUGUGAAUAGGAAUGUGGCUGUAGCUGAUUGCUCUGGUGAUGAUUGGGCAACCUCAAUGCCUUGAACUCAACUAGUGUAAAAAUAAUUAUGACUUAAAAUUCCUCUAUGUAAUAUGUAAUAGUAUGUUAUGUUAUUUAGUCAUGAAGAUUUCUUGUGCAAUAUAAUGUGUGCUCGAUUACAAAACAA